AUGAGCCAAUCCUACUCCUCCAGCCAGAGACUCUCCUCAUACCGCCGCACCUUUGGUGCUGGCUCAGCCUCACCUUCCUUCCCACGCGCCUCCUUCGGUAGCAAGGGCUCUUCUUCCAGCUCCGUCUCCUCUCGGGUCUACCAAGUGUCCCGCAGCGCUGCGCCACCCAGCCUGUCCAGCUUCCGAGCCAGCUACUCGGCCCCACUGCGCUCAGCCUACCAGGGUGCCGGCGAGCUCCUUGACUUCUCCCUGGCCGAUGCCAUGAACCAGGAGUUCCUGCAGACGCGCACCAACGAGAAGGUGGAGCUGCAGGAGCUCAACGACCGCUUCGCCAACUACAUUGAGAAGGUGCGUUACCUGGAGCAGCAGAAUGCGCUCAUGGUGGCCGAAGUCAACCGGCUCAAGGGCAAGGAACCCACGAGGGUGGCCGAGAUCUACGAAGAGGAGCUGCGGGAGCUGCGGCGCCAGGUGGAGAUGCUGACCAACCAGAGAGCACGUGUUGAUGUGGAGAGGGACAAUCUGCUGGAUGACCUCCAGAAGCUGAAGCAGAGGUGAGAUUAAGGUGCCAGCAGCCCUUGCUGCCAUGGGCUGGUUGCUAAGCUCAUCCCCUCCCCUCCCCAUGCUUGCUUGAGUAGCUGGGGCUCUUUCCUUGUCCUGAGCAAGAGGCCUUCCUUGACCAGAAGCAGAGUGAACAGGGCAAGGCAGGGCAUAUUGACUUUGCGGUUGUUAUCAUCUCCCAUCCCUGGCCUUUCAAAAAGAAAUACAGAGGCUCGGCUACCUUUUGCCACCCUUGACCAGGGCCUUGGCCAUUGAGAGUGCCUUGCCUAUGCGCUGGGCAUCCUUCACCCUGAUGCUGUCCUUUUCUCCAAACUACCCUACUCUGGCCCAAACUGCCACCAACACUCACCCCAGUCCUUGCCCAAGACUCCAAUCCCUUUCAUGGAAGGUAUCUAGGUGUUCUUCUUCUUUGUAGAAAGUUGAUCUUAAAGGCCUUGACACCCGAGGGCUUCUAGAUAACUGAUGCCCCAGGACUGUGCUAUAUCUCAGACAAGUGGGUCAUUCUCCUAAGGCACAGCAAAAACAUGCAUCUCUUCCCCAUAUAGGCUCCAAGACCCCAUGCCAAGUUGCUUAUUCUUAGAACAGGGUUCAGGGUGUGUCCAGUGAUGGUACAGACUCCUCUGCCGCACCAGCCCUGCCUCUCACUUUUAAGCUUCUUUUAAAUCUUUAUAAACAUAAGAAGCCCAGAUGGUUUGGUAAAACGUAGUCAUUUGUUGUAAAGAGGCACAAUCAGGUUUAAGUGCAUCUAUUUCUGUCUAAGGGUCUUCAGAAAUUUUUACACUAGUUUAGAGAGUUAUAUAUUUUAAAGACACAGUGUGCUGAUGAGACUGUGCUAUCUGUCCCCCAAGCCAAGAAACCCCACCACUGCUUUUAUUGAGCUAAGAAACCCCACCACUGCUUUUAUUGAGCUAUUGUGUUCAUUAAACACUCUUGUUUUGAUUUGGAAGAUGUGGAUAACUGAGCACAUGUAUGCCUGUACCAGAUGCACACACAUGCAGGUAGUGUUUAAUGCUUCAGUAUUAGACACUGAGGUUUGUUCUCUCAUGAGAAUAAAUCUUGCCUGAAUUCCCAACCAAAAGUGACUGUUAUGCCCUCACUAUUUGAGACGAAAACCAUUUGACACUUGGCCUGCAAACAGCUGCUUACACUUCUUAUCAGAUCACCUCUUGUCCUCUCUUUUGAUAAGCUGAAAAGACUGAGCACCUUACUCCUAAGAUUAUCUCUCAUUCCUAAAGUCACUCUUAAGCCUUUUCUCUGUCUGUUGCAAACUGUUCAUUUACAUCCCAGCUCCAGACAGGAUCUACCAAUCACAGGCCUAUAAAAUGGCCAUAAUAGUAGCCUACCUCAAAGGAUUGGUGUAAGGACUAAUUGAGAUAAGAAAACAUUGCAACCUUUACCCUGGUCCUUAGGAAUAGGGUAGGCUUUAAAAAUAACCAACUCCAAGCUACGUGCCCCAAACAUGUGCACAGAUAUUUGUGGGAUGGUCAUAAGAUCUUGUUUCCAGAUUUUGCUCUCGUCCUUCAAUUAAUAUGCUGAUGAGCUGCAGCAGGUACAGUGGUGAGGAUGCUAACUUACCCAGCACAUCAUUAAUUGUCUAAUCCAGGGAUGGAAAACCUGUAGCCCCCCAAAUGAGUUUUUUCUUUCAUAGAAUUGUAGAGUUGGAAGGUACCACAAGGGUCAUCUAGUCCAACUCCCUGCAAGACAGGGAUAUUUUGCCCCACAUGGGGCUUGAACCCACAACCCUGAGGUUAAGAGUCUCAUGUUGUACACCCUGAGCUAUAUGGGUUGUUGGACUCCAGUUUCUCAGUCAGUAUGGCCCAUGAUAAGGAGUGAUGGGAGAAUUUCAACAACAUCCAGAGGACCACAGGUCUUCAUCCGGUGCCAAUCCUGAUUUAUUUCCUUCUCAGCAAUCUCUCCCCUAGCUCUUCAGUGGCAAAGCAUUACCAGUUAUUGGGAAGGGCACCGUUCCCUGCAGCUCAUCCUAUUUAUUCGGCCUAGUUCCCAUCCGUACCAGCCCCCAAUACCAAGGGUUGGCUAUGCAAGUACAGGAGCAGCUGCCCCUGGUGGGACUUCCACCUUUUCCUCCUGAGGGAAGCUCCAUGCCAGCAUUCACCAACACCUUUCAGAUGUUUGGACUACAAUUCCCAUCUGCCCCAGGGAGGGCAGCCAUGCUGGCUGCGCCUGAUAGGAGUUGUAGUUCAAAAUUUCUGGUGAAGGUUGCACGGUUUAAUUCAAGACCUCUGGUGAAGGUUGCACUAUAUCUUUAGCAGCUACAUAGGACACAAGAAAUGCAGCUGUUUCGGUGAAGUGAUGCAAUCACUUAGAAAGCCAGACUUGCUCAGUUUCUCCUGCCAUGCCGGUUUUACACUGUUGCAACCACAAACCAUAAAUUCCAGGUCAGGGCAAGAAGAAGUAUAUAGAUCACUAGGUACAGGACUUCUGAGCAUGAGUCAAAAUGAAGAAGAAUAAAGUCAACUUCAGGCCUGCAAGUGAGUCACAAGCAGCACCAAACAGUGAAGCAAGGACUCCUUCAACACUGCCCCCCUCCAUUAAAGCAGCCUUCUAGGUAGCAAUGGAUUCUGGGUAAUGCUGGGUAAUAAUUCAGGGCCUGGGGUGAGAAAGUUUAAACAGCCUCUUAGAAAUGUAGGCCCUUGAGGGGGAAGCAUCUUAGUAUCUUCCUUUCAUGAAAGAUGAGGCCUAGUCCCCCAAAACCAUGGCCAGCUUGAGGGAAUCGGACACUCUAGAUUUUCUCCUCCUGAUUUAGCUCCCUUAUGACAGACAGGGCACAACUGGGCACAGCCGGAAACAGGGAAUGCUGAGCCAUCAAGGCUGGGCACGUUGACAGGAAAUCCUGGCAUUUCAGAAGGAUAAAGAAAGGAGAAAUCAUGAUAGAGGGUCCCGGGGAGCAAAGACCUCUCCCAGGCCGCACUGGGGGAAGUCUGCAUGACAAAGCUACGCCUGCUGAUCUGCUCUCUUCUGCGCAACUUUGAAAGUUGCAGGAGCCCUGCUCGUUUUGGUCCCCAGUUGUGGUCACAUCCACACAUAUUUAGAGCACACUUAUACCACUUUUAACAGUCAUGACUUCCCCCAAAGAAUCCUGGGAACUGUCAAGGGUGCUGGGAACUGCACGUCUGUGAGGAGGUCUCUUAACUCUCAGCACCCUUAGCAAACUACAGUUGGGGGAAGUCAGACCUGCUAAAGUAGUAUGAGAGUGCUUUAAAUGUAUGUUGCAGGCGUGGCCUGCGAUGGAGCACUUUUGCAGUGAACUGUGAACUCCAUGGCCCUUUGUAACCACAGGGAAGAAGCUGGUCCCUCUGCUUGAGGGUUAAAUGCUCUAACAGAGCACCCACUCUAGUUGGAAGUAUAGUAAAUCAGCCACAUUAGGAUAGUACUACACAAACAAGAGUGCUACUUACCAAGAGUACUACACAAACACUGAUGCUGUAGUAGUCUUUGGUAGCUUUUUCCAGUCUGGUCCUGGAUGUCAGAAGCUUAGAACAGUCUGGGACCAGGGCCUUGCAGCCGCCACUGUAAAGUAUGUGGGGGCUUAGUGUGUGGAGUUCAAUAGUAAAGGGAUCAGUAUUUGCCAAAAAGUGGAUCCCAGUGCUGUCUGUGAUCAGAGUUUCAGAUGCCCACAGCCUGCCCUUAGUGUCCAAAUUCCCCCCCCCACCAGGUGAUGUCACGCAUCUUCCAUGUCAAAACGCCUGGAAGACCAUCCCUGGCAUUCUGGCACCUCAAUGGCAUUCCACCUGUCCCCAUAUCUUUAUAGCUCAUGCCAUGCCUUUGCCAUUUCCCAGUACCCCAGGCUGGGGGUCCACAUUAUUCCCUGGAAUCCCAGUCUGGAGACCCCUCCCCUCUCAGCACUUGUUCCAUGAUUCUUCUUUGUAGUCUCUGCCCUGUCCCAUGCUCCAGGCCCGCCUCUGUGCAGCCAAGCACUGCUACCCUAAAAGGGAAGGGGGAGUGAGCAUUAUCCACAAGUGAGCUCAUGCCUUUUGUGCCUGGGCCUUUGACUAUAACAGGCAAUGAGAGGACAUGUUCCAGCUCCCAUCCCUGCCUGGCUCCCAGCCAGAUCCCACUCCACCCCCUGGAAUGCAAGAGAAUCGCUCAUUCCAGACGCACACAUUACUCCUGCUGCUUGGAUGGAGUCACAGGUCACGGGCUCCAGGGGAGCCACACACAGGCUUUAGCCCCCUGGGAUGUGUGUGUGCAAUGCAGUGUUAUAUAUCCAGGCCUUGGAGGGCCUGGUUCAUCUGUCAGUCUGACACCCCUCCUUUCUGCCUCACUCUCCCAGGCUGCAGGAGGAGAUUCAUCUCAAGGAAGAAGCGGAGAACAACUUGGCUGCUUUCCGAGCUGUAAGUCCAGACCUUACCUGGGUUGCCUCUGGUGUGGUCAGUUGGGGGGUGGGUAAGUGGGUGUGAAGGAGAAAAAUGCUCAUGAAAUAACAGGGCAAGUCUUGCUCCAUCGAAAGUCAAUGGUCCCACUGUCUGACAGAGGCUGUUUGGGCACCAUAUUCCAAACAGCAAAGUUUUCCUUGUCGGAGCAUUCACAAGGUCUGGGAAGAAUGUAUUGUUUCUCUCGCCCCUUCUGCUCAGCUUCUUCCUAAAGUUUAGUGCCACCCUUAAAUUAAUGCAGCGCCCUCUACUGUUUUACAUUCUCUCUCUCUCUCACUGUAUAGUGCAACAUCAGUUAACAAUCCAACAUGUAUAACCUUUGGGUGUGAAGUUUUGUUCUGGACUGAAGUUUUCAGUCAUUCUGGGGUACCUAUAGCAAAAUGGGUGUUGAGGGGCUCCCUCAUGGGUACAGAUCUUCAGAUUAAGGGAGAUAUACAAAUAAUAAUAAUAAUAAUAAUAAUAAUAAUAAUACAUGUAUCAGCUCCCUUUAAGUGGUGUUCAGCAGGGUCAGGCAUGAGUGCCAGAAAAUGAGUGUCCUGCUCCUAGUUCAGGGAUUGUGGAUUGGCCCUGAGGGACAGCUCAUCCCACGCAUUUCCUAAACUUACGAUUGGCUAAAUUCCCAGAUGUUGUUAGUUAGCGAUCGGAGGGGCAGCUUCAUGGUCUUUUCAUAAGCAAAUAGUUAAACAUAAGCAUCUUUUCUCCUUAACAUAUUUGUGCCACGCUAACAGUGAAAAAUGACCAUGAAACUGGGAAAGUAUCACUGAGAGGAAGGAACUCCAAGUGCUUGAAUAAAGAUUUAUUUCAAGCUCAACACAUUUUGGAAUAAUCCUUUUGGAGAUUUGCACUCCUGAUCAAGUACAUAAACCACUUUAAUAACUUGUAUUGGAAAAAAGCAUCCAAAAUGACAUCUACACAAACUACUAGAACCAGUAGCCUUUGCAGUUGGAUGUUGCUUCUAUGCAGGCACCUGACUGCACAGGCAACUGGUUCUAGUUUAUAAAAAGAUGCUUUUUUGAAGUUACUAUGGUGGUUUGAUGCACUUCAUCGGAUUUGCUAUUCAGAAUGUGCCUCCAAAUAAGCAUUAUUCCAAAACAUGUCAGGCCUGAAAUAAAUGUUUCUUCAAGGACCUGGAGUUCCUUCCUCUCCACCUCACCCCCUAAAAUAGUGGCCAGCCUCUACUGCAUUUAUUACCCUUGAAACCAAGUCUCCUUUUUUCUGCCAUCACAGGAUGUUGAUGCAGCCACUCUGGCCCGCAUUGACUUGGAGAGACGUAUUGAGUCACUGCAGGAAGAAAUUGCAUUCCUCAAAAAGGUGCACGAAGAGGUAAGUGUGUAUCUUUGUAAGUGCCCUUGCAGCUCCUUCCUUAAAAUGACGGCUGCCAUAAGGGGAGUGGCAGAUGGAAAGAGGGGGAGUCAUUGACGGGGAUGGUGACUAAGUAGGAGUGGAGAUGGAGGUUUAGCUAUAGGGAUGUGGGUGGAACAUGUUACUAUGCUAUAAGACUUAUCAGUCUAGCCCUACUUGCACUGGUCCUGAUCUUCUGCUGCCAUUGGUUCCUCCAGGAAAUCAGAGAGCUGCAAUCACAGCUACAAGAGCAGCAAGUCCAGGUGGAGAUGGAUGUGUCCAAGCCAGACCUGACAGCAGCACUGCGUGAUAUCCGUGCCCAGUAUGAGACCAUUGCUGCAAAGAAUAUCUCUGAAGCUGAGGAAUGGUACAAGUCCAAGGUAUGGGACACCCACUCUCCUAGGAAACAAGUUGCAUUGGCAGUGGGGUCAGGGGAGCUUUGUGCGGGCUGUUGCUUAUGGUAUGGUAAAGGUUUGUUUCUUAUAUUAAUCUGCACACACACCUUAUCUUAUCCCUUCUCUCUGCAUAUAGGUGUCUGACCUGACCCAGGCAGCAAAUAAGAACAAUGAUGCCCUGCGCCAAGCCAAGCAGGAGAUGAUGGAAUAUCGGCACCAGAUACAGUCAUACACCUGUGAGAUUGACGCACUCAAGGGCACGGUGAGGUGCCAUGCCAAGUUGAUGGCAGAGUCAGAUCACGUAUUCAAGUAUUUCCCAUUGAGCAACAUUUGCCCCCACGUCAAUUGAUGUUAAUCACUUUUUACUAAUGUCACUAAUUAGUGAUAGUGAGGCGUAAGAGACCUGUGCAAGACACAAAAAGGACUUUUGAUUUUACCAGGCUGCAUUUCUGUGUUGAUGGCUGAUGUGACUGCCAUUCGCAGCCCUUUUGAGAGGGCCUGUAGCUCAAUGAUCAAACACAUACUAUGCACAACUGAGGUCCCAGCUUCAAUCUCGGGCAUCUACAGCUAAAGGAUCUCAUGUGGAAGGACUAGUAAACACCUCUGGAUGAGAUACUAAAGUCCCUGCCAGUCAAAAUAGAGAUCAGGGUAGCCAAUAUGGUGCCCUCCAGAUGUUGGAAUCUACCUCCCAUGGCCAGUGGGAUAUGUCAUCUCACAAAAUCUGGAGGGUCUGUUUUGCACUUCCUUGAAAUUCAGCAUACUGGAGGUGGAACAGAGUUGUUCUUUUCUGGGCUUUUGUGGAAGCUCUGGCUUCUUGAGUCCUGCCUCCUUUCUUGAUUGCCAGUCCUGUCCUCCCACUCUGCAAUUUCCCCUCAUUCAUCAAGUUUAGUUCUUACUCCUCUAAAAUGCUGUAACCCAUCCUCAUCCUGCUGCUAUGAUUUUCAUCAGAUAACUGCAGCUAGAGAACAAAGAAUCUGAGACGUGACUAUUGUUCUCCUACGCAGACACAUACAGAGGUUCUGAAGUGCUUAUUUCCCCAUUUUAUGCUUCCAGAACGACUCCUUGAUGAGACAGAUGAGGGAGAUGGAGGAACGUUUUGCUGGCGAGGCUGGCACUUAUCAGGACACCAUCCAGAGGCUUGAAGAGGAGAUCCGACACUUGAAGGAUGAGAUGGCAAGGCACCUGCGCGAGUACCAGGACCUGCUCAAUGUCAAGAUGGCCCUUGAUGUUGAGAUUGCCACUUACCGCAAGCUGCUGGAGGGUGAAGAAAGCAGGUGAGUGCUGCCCCCCACCUGCAAUUUUUCAGGCCUGGGACAUGCAUUUGGGCACUGUCUGAUAGUUUAAUCCCAGAUAUAUUUGCUCUGAGGAACUGCAAGCAGCAGAUUUUGAGCAGCUGACCCUGCGGUCCUAGUGUGGUGGUGAGGCACAAAGGCCCAUUAUAUUCCUUGUGUUUCCUAACAGCAAAGAGGGACUGUAGUUGGGAAGAAAAUUUGCUCUUCUAUGGUGACAUAUGAUUUAAUGCUCACCCAGACUUCUACUUGUCCCACCACGUCCCCUGGGAAAACUUGAUCUUUACUGUUGAAUCAAAGCAAACGUCAGUUGGGUUUUCCUCUGAUUCAAUGCCAAAGAGCAGGUAUUCCUGGAGAAAGCUGUGGGGCAAACAGAAAACCAUUCGGACCUGUGUUUUCUAGGCAUGGGGCAAGUGGACGUGUGGACAAGCCAUAAGUUAACCUUCAGCUGUGAAAGAAAGAGGCUAGCUAAUAUCUCAAAGGUCAAAUUGCACCUUGUUUUCCCCCCUUUUGCUAAAUAUGUUGGUGUACUGACGACCAUGUUUUAGAAUGAAGCUGGAUGAUGUGAGAAGGAGCAGGUUUAGAAAUCAUGAUGAGAGAACUGGAAACGAUCUUCCAGUAAAUGAGCAAAAGGCACACAGUCUGUUCAUAAAGAGAAGUGGAAAGUGGAGCAUAGUGAUUGUUGGUUCAGGGCUGUUAGACCAAAGGGAGUCUGAGUAGGAAGAAGUCCGUGGCUGAACUGACUCUCCUCCUCUCCUUUUCUGUGUAGAAUUUCACUGCCCAUUCAGACUUUUUCUGCAAUCAACUUCCGAGGUAAGUUACAUAAUGCCUGUGCGCAUUAUGCAUUUGGUAAAAGAAAGAGGGGGACGGGGAAUGUUAAUGUGUUCACUUAAAAAGAAAAAAGAGAAGAGCAGCAGUUGAAGAGUCAGGCCCAAUUUAGGGAGCAUCAAAUGGUGGUGAGUUACAUGCUAAAUAUCCCUGCUAGCACCAGCAUAUGCAAGGGAAUGGAGCCAUUUGGAGGGCAAAGUGGGGAGGGAGGGGUGUUUUUCUGUUAAAAAGUGUGCCUCUCCCAACAUGCCCCCCCCCCAAGUUCCAGACAUGCAUUUGCAAGGGUAAUUGUGGCUGAAAGUACCCAGUAGAUGGACUGAAAGUAGUACCUUGGUUAAGGCUAGGGGUUAAGUUUCAGCGGAAGAGAAGGAGGUGGAGGAAGGAUGAAGCAUUUCCUUCCACCCUCCACUUCUGGAUUUCAAAUCCACCUCCAAAACGGAUUUGCCCUACAGCUGAAAAUCCUACAACUAACACUUGGUGUUCUGUUACAUGCAUUUGUACACAACAAGUAGUUCUACCUGGAGAUGUUCUGACUGCCUCCUGAGCUGAACAGACCCCAUCUCUCCCUCUGAGCGCCCCCAGUGUCCUUCUGACGCAUUUGUUCUGCACUGACAUCAUGAGCUGAUGCCAGCAGAGAUGACCACUGCUUUUCAAAUAAUAUAUCAAAGCAACAACAACUCCCCAUGUAUAAAACUAAAUUAUAAAGGCUGAAAUUCAAUGCAAUACAAUAUUUACUCAAUACCAUGACAUGUUAUUUUAGCUAUGUAACAAACCGUUGCAAGUCCAUCACAUAUCAUCAUCCAAUUCUGUGUUCUGAGACUUCUGCUCUUCACCCAAAUGCAUGUUCCCUUAGAAGAUUAUUCAAUCAAUAAUAGGUUAUUCAAACAGUUCAUUUGGCAAAAGUUCAAAGCCAAAUCAGUAUCAUUGUUGUUGUUUCCAAUUCUGACUCCGACCUUGGCUUGGAGCUGCUGCUGCAGCUGAGCCAGCAAGCUGGGUUUGGAGAUGGCUUGCAUUGCCACAAGUGGGUAGUGUUAUAUUUGGUUGGGAAGGGAAAGAGGAGGUACACGAUGUGGGGGUGACUUACGUUCAUGCCAGAUUUUUGGACAGUCAUGACUUACCCCUUGAUUGGAUGAUGCCAGAGCCACCUUCCUCAACUUGUGGGCUGGACUACAACUCCCAUCACCUCUGAUUGUAUGCCAUGCUAGCUGGAGUUUAUGGGAGCUGCAGUCCCAGACUUCUGGAGAGGACAUCCUUGGGGAAGACUGUGCUAGAGCAAUGCCAAAGGUGGUCUGUGGUUAAAUGAAUAAAUGCACUGCGUGCCAAGGUGGCAAAAGAGUGUUUGCAUCAGUGCGUGUGCAUCCAUAAGAUGAAGCUGGGAGAGAAGGAAAGGGACUCCUUUUUGUUCUGCAAUUUCCAUAAUGUCUUCUAAGUUAAUAUACAGUAGUACCUUUGUUCUCAAACGUAAUCCAUUCCGGGAGUCUGUUCGACUCCUGAAACUGUUCAAAACCCAAGGUGUAGCUUCCAAUUGGAUGCAAGAGCUUCCUGCACUCAAGCAGAAGCCAUGUUGGACAUUCGGCUUCCAAAAAACGUUUGCAAACCAGAACACUUACUUCCGGGUUUGCAGCAUUCAGGAGUCGAUUUGUUCGGCAACCAAGCCGUUUGGGAACCAAGGUUUGACUGUACGGGAUAAGUGAAAACAAAGGCAGGGUUAAAUGGGGGAAUAUGCACAGUGGUUGUGGGGUGCUCACAACUGAAUGUGUCUAUGCCUACAGAGGCAUGUGCCCAUGUGGACCGGAGGAAGGUGUGCCUCUCUUAGUGACUUUUGAAACCACAGCGGGAGAUGGAACUUGUAGAAAGCUGAGCUGGUCAAGGGAUGGAAGCCGAUACUACCGCCAGGAAGAGGAGGCUUGUGCAAGGACUGGCAUGUUAUGAAAGAGGGAAAGGUGUUCUAGGAGGAAGAGGCUCUCAGCCACAGCCUGACGCUUUUUAUUGACCUUGCUCCAUCUUCAUACACCAACCUGAGCACAACCACCAGCAGCUGAUGUCUCUUUUCUCUCCUAUGUACAGAGACCAGCCCAGAGCAGCGAGGCUCUGAGGUCCACACCAAAAAAACAGUGACCAUCAAAACCAUUGAGACACGCGAUGGGGAGGUGAGUGGGCAGAACUGGAAAAGCCAGGGAGGUAGAAUGGGGGAGACAUGCAAACCGAUGGUCAAAAUGGGCUUGCGUUCUGGUUCUCUCUUCCUCCUCCCUCUGGAAUUGGGACAGCUGAAGUGAAAUCUGCUGAGGGUGCAAUAUAGGGUAGGGAUGGAGAACAUAUGGCCCUCCAUAGGGUGUUGGACUCCCAAUACCCAUUAGUGCCCUCAGCCAGCAUGGCCUGUUCUUAGGAAUGCUGCUGCAGUUCAGCAACAUAUAGCCAUUCCCAAAAUAGGGAGAUAUGGGAGUUAGCAGGGACAUACCUCUAGCUAGCUUUCUCUUUCCCCAGGAGCUAUGGAUGCCUAGGCUUGCAGGGAGAGGGAGGUCUGUAUGCCAAGGACUCGUGGGGGGAGGAGUGGGCUCAGGACCUAACUGACAUGUGAGGUAGCCAGGCUUUUCCUUUGGGCAGAUCCACACCAUACAUUUAAGGCACACCCAGUGCACAUUUAAAGUGCACGACUUCCCCUAAAGAAUCCUGGGAACUGUAGUUUAAGGAUGCAGGGAACUGCAACCCUGUUAGGGGAAUACUACAGUUCUCAGGAUUCCUUGGGGUAAGUCGCGUUGAAUGUGUUUUAAAGAUAUGAUGUGCAUCAGGACUGAAUCCCUCUCUCUGUCUUUCUCUUCCUUUGUCUAGGUGGUGAGCGAAGCCCUCCAGCAGCAACACGAAAUGCUGUAG